AUGCUUCGGGAACACGAGGGGCGGAGCUCCCGCUGGAGUCUGAGCUGGUUUGGGGGCCAGAUUGUGGCCAUCGGUGGGCGGUGUGUGUUGGGCAGUACACCUGGCCCCGGGGCGCGGUCAGCACCGGGUGGUCCCCGCGGUCAGCACCUGGGCGGUCCCCGCGGUCAGCACCAGGCGGUCCCCGCGGUCAGCACCGGGCCGUCCCCGCGGUCAGCACCGGGCGGUCCCCGCGGUCAGCACCGGGCCGUCCCCCGCGGUCAGCACCGAGCGGUCCCCGCGGUCAGCACCUGGGCGGUCCCCGCGGUCAGCACCAAGCGGUCCCCGCGGUCAGCACCUGGGCGGUCCCGGCGGUCAGCACCGGGCUGUCCCCCGCGGUCAGCACCGGGCCGUCCCCCGCGGUCAGCACCAAGUAGUCCCCGCGGUCAGCACCAAGCGGUCCCCGCGGUUAGCACCAGGCGGUCCCCGUGGUUAGCACCGGACCGUCCCCGCGGUCAGCACCUGGGCGGUCCCCGCGGUCAGCACCUGGGCGGUCCCCGCGGUCAGCACCGGGCGGUCCCCACGGUCAGCACCUGGGCGGUCCCCGCGGUCAGCACCUGGGCGGUCCCCGCGGUCAGCACCGGGCCGUCCCCCGCGGUCAGCACCUGGGCGGUCCCCGCGGUCAGCACCGAGCGGUCCCGCGGUCAGCACCGGGCGGUCCCGGCGGUCAGCACCGAGCGGUCUCCGCGGUCAGCACCGAGCGGUCCCGCGGUCAGCACCGAGCGGUCUCCGCGGUCAGCACCGGGCGGUCCCGGCGGUCAGCACCGGGCCGUCCCCCGCGGUCAGCACCGGGCGGUCCCCGCGGUCAGCACCUGGGCGGUCCCCGCGGUCAGCACCGGGCGGUCCCCGCGGUCAGCACCGGGCGGUCCCCGCGGUCAGCACCGAGCGGUCCCCGCGGUCAGCACCGGGCGGUCUCCGCGGUCAGCACCGGGCGGUCCCGGCGGUCAGCACCGGGCCGUCCCCCGCGGUCAGCACCGGGCGGUCCCCGCGGUCAGCACCGAGCGGUCCCGCGGUCAGCACCGAGCGGUCCCGCGGUCAGCACCGGGCGGUCUCCGCGGUCAGCACCGGGCGGUCCCGGCGGUCAGCACCGGGCCGUCCCCCGCGGUCAGCACCGGGCGGUCCCCGCGGUCAGCACCGAGCGGUCCCGCGGUCAGCACCGGGCGGUCCCCGCGGUCAGCACCGAGCGGUCCCGCGGUCAGCACCGGGCGGUCCCGGCGGUCAGCACCGGGCCGUCCCCCGCGGUCAGCACCGGGCGGUCCCCGCGGUCAGCACCUGGGCGGUCCCCGCGGUCAGCACCGAGCGGUCCCGCGGUCAGCACCGGGCGGUCCCCGCGGUCAGCACCGAGCGGUCCCGCGGUCAGCACCGGGCGGUCCCCGCGGUCAGCACCGGGCCGUCCCCCGCGGUCAGCACCGGGCGGUCCCCGCGGUCAGCACCGAGCGGUCCCGCGGUCAGCACCGGGCGGUCCCGGCGGUCAGCACCGGGCCGUCCCCCGCGGUCAGCACCGGGCGGUCCCCGCGGUCAGCACCGAGCGGUCCCGCGGUCAGCACCGAGCGGUCUCCGCGGUCAGCACCGGGCGGUCCCGGCGGUCAGCACCGGGCCGUCCCCCGCGGUCAGCACCGGGCGGUCCCCGCGGUCAGCACCUGGGCGGUCCCCGCGGUCAGCACCGAGCGGUCCCGCGGUCAGCACCGGGCGGUCCCCGCGGUCAGCACCGAGCGGUCCCGCGGUCAGCACCGGGCGGUCCCGGCGGUCAGCACCGGGCCGUCCCCCGCGGUCAGCACCGGGCGGUCCCCGCGGUCAGCACCGAGCGGUCCCGCGGUGAGCACCGGGCGGUCCCCGCGGUCAGCACCGGGAGGUCCCCGCGGUCAGCACCGAGCGGUCCCGCGGUCAGCACCGGGCGGUCCCGGCGGUCAGCACCGGGCCGUCCCCCGCGGUCAGCACCGGGCGGUCCCCGCGGUCAGCACCGAGCGGUCCCGCGGUCAGCACCGAGCGGUCUCCGCGGUCAGCACCGGGCGGUCCCGGCGGUCAGCACCGGGCCGUCCCCCGCGGUCAGCACUGGGCGGUCCCCGCGGUCAGCACCGAGCGGUCCCGCGGUUAGCACCGAGCGGUCUCCGCGGUCAACACCGGGCCGUCCCCCGCGGUCAGCACCGGGCGGUCCCCGCGGUCAGCACCGGGCGGUCCCCGCGGUCAGCACCGGGCGGUCCCGGCGGUCAGCACCGGGCGGUCCCCGCGGUCAGCACCGAGCGGUCCCGCGGUCAGCACCGAGCGGUCUCCGCGGUCAACACCGGGCCGUCCCCCGCGGUCAGCACCGGGCGGUCCCCGCGGUCAGCACCUGGAGUACCGAGCGCCCGCACCUCCUCGCAGUUCCGUCUGUGCAUCCUGGGUGCAACAUGGCUUGGACUGGAACACAGGGCCAAGUAG